GGACCAAAAAGGACGGGCUAAGAAAGGACCAAGCCACUUCCAAGGCGAGUGGCAAGAUGCAGCUCCCAUCCAACACGGAUGACAAGGGCUGCUGUUCUUUGGAUGAAAAAGGACAAGGGCGGCACCAACAGAAGAAGCGGGAAAGCUCUAGGGAGGUGGAGGAGGAGACACUCGAGCUCUAGAACAUUGGAGACAAUGAAAAGACCAGCACACCCCAACUUCACACUCAACUUAAAGAGGCCAGCGCACCCCAGCCCCAGGAAGCUGGGAGCAGUAAAGCACUCAGCGCAUCCCAGCUCCGGGAAGCAGGGAGCAGCAACUCCAUGGAGGGGGAGUGGAUCAGUGAGACUUCUCCAACAGAGAACAACUCAAGCCUCACUCCUUGCACAAACCCCUCAAUGUCACCUGUGCGGAACAUCUCCAAUGGUUUCCUCAGUCCAUCCAAAGUGAGACAAUUUGAAAAUAUUAUGUGUAUGCAGGAGCAGACCACGGAUCUGGAACUCUCAGAGACAACAGGUUUGAUGCAUGAUGCGGAAUCCAGAAAUGAAAUCCUGCAUCUGAGUGACCAGCCUGGCAAGGGAAGAUUGUAGAGGUCCUUGAUUCCAAUGCAGAGGAUGCUUGUGCAAGAAUGGAUAGUGUGUGCCAGCCUGGGUCACAGCAACAAGUGUCAAUCAUAUCAACCCACUCCUUUACUAAGUUGCUGAAGUUUCACCGAGAGGUUUUGGUUGGUUGCAUCAAGAACACAGAGUGUGUCCUGAACAACUUGAUAAAACAUGAAUACAUUUCCAAUGAAGAGGCUGAAUUGUCACAGCAGCAUCCUACACAAGCAGCUAAGGUUCGAAAAAUAUUGGAUCUGGUUGAGAGCAAAGGCGAAGAAACAGCAGAAUAUUUCCUACACAUUUUGUACCAGGCCAGUGAGGUUUACACCAACCUUAGCCCAUGGCUGAAAGAAAUACAGUAUCAGCCAUCAGAACACAUACUGACCAAACCAGUAAUUAUCACAGACGCCAUCUCUCAGUACAUUCAAAAGAUUAAACAUGAUCUACGGCAGGACACAAAGUUCGUCACUUCCUACGUCCAGAAAGAAGACAUCUUGUUGGAUGAUACUUACACUGAGACUCUUAUGGAAUUAAUCAACGCGGUCAAUGAAACCAAAGGAAGCAUUUCACACUUAGAUGAUUUGUUCAAUGAUACUGGAGUCAUCAAUGAAGAUGCAGAAACAGUGUUUGUAACUGGUGAUGCUGGGGUUGGUAAGACCAUUCUGCUCAAGAGACUUCAGAACUUGUGGUCCAAAGGGGAGCUCUGUGCUGAUGUUAAAUUCUUCUUCAAAUUUAGAUGUCGAAUAUUCAAUAGCUUUAAGGAGGAAGAUAAGAUCUCUCUCCGAGAUCUACUAUUCAAAUACAACUGUUACCCUGAUAAAGAUGCCGAUGAGAUAUUCAGCUACAUCCGACAACACCCAGCUUCUGUUCUCUUCACACUGGAUGGGUUUGAUGAAAUUAAUGUUGACUGUGACCUUAAUGAUAUCCCUGACAUCUCCUCGCCCUUUGACCCCACACAUCCUGUGGCCCUGUUGAUGAAUCUUCUCCGAGGAAAGUUAUUAAAAUGUUCCAAAAAAAUAUUGACAGCACGAACUGGUACAAAUCUACCAUUGAGAAUGGUGAGAAAGAGAGUGACACUGAAGGGGUUUUCCAAGGACCAUUUACUGCAGUAUUUGAAGAGGUUCUUCAAAAAUAAACCCCUCCAAACCUCGGUUUUGACCCAGCUGGAGGCAAAUCCUCACCUGUGCAGUUUAUGCUCAGUGCCGUUGUUUUGCUGGAUUAUAUUUAAAUGUUACGAACACUUUCAGUCCGAGUCUAGUUCCCAGCAGUUGUUGGAAUAUGUCACGUUGACUGACAUUUACCUGUUGAUGUUAGAGGUUUUCCUAAACCGUUCUUCCAAAACAGGAUUGAACAAAAGAAACAAUAGUCAAAGUGAGACAUUCAAAGCAAAGAAGGAUGCACUAAUGAGAUUGGGCAAAUUGGCAAAAGAGGGGAUUGAAAACAGCAACUUCAUCUUCAGUCAGGAGCAAAUCACAGCGGCUGACAUCUCAGAGGAGGAUUUACAGUUGGGCUUUGUCAAGAAUACGGGACAUUACGAUGGAUGUGGGAGCCAAUCAACAUAUGAGUUCCUUCAUUUGACUCUCCAGUCAUUCUUUGCUGCAUUUUCCUUGGUUGUGGAUGAGAAAAUCAGUGCAAUGGAAAUCAUUAGGUUUUUUGCCACAUGUGAUAGCUACUUGACUGGAGCCCGGGCCAAUGUUCUUUUGUUAAGAUGUUUGGGCUAUAACACACACCACAGAAAGGACCCAUUUGAAACGAAUGAACAUUUGCAGUUCACUACACUUUUCCUCUGCGGCCUAUUGUCUAAAGCUAAGAGGGAUUUAUUCAAGCAUUUGGCUUCCACAGGAAGUGUCCAAAGGAAACGGUCAGCGCUCAAGGCCUACCUCGCCGACUGUGUAAAGUCACACUUAAAAAAUCUUCCUCAAGCGCCAUUUGAAGAAUUUUCUAAAGUGCAAGCCUUGCCCCGUUUUGUCUGGCUGAUGCGCUACAUUUUUGAAACCCAGAGUGAAGCAGUAGCCAAACUUGCAGCUAAGGGGAUUUGUGCUGAUUAUAUCAAGCUCACCUUUUGCAAUGCUUUCUCUGCCGACUGCAGUGCAAUUGCAAAUAUUUUGCGCCAUCGUAAAAAAUCAAUUGCACUUGAAUUGGACAACAAUAAUAUCAAUGACUAUGGAGUGAAAGAGCUAAUUCCUUGUUUUGAUAAACUCACAGUGGUUAGAUUGAGUGUAAAUCAGGUCACAGAUGAUGGAGCCAAGGUACUGGCUGAAGAACUCACAAAGUACAAAAUUAUUAAAAUCCUUGGCCUAUACAGGAAUCAGAUCACUGAUGUUGGUGCACGGUUUAUCGCCCGAAUUGUUGAAGAAUGCCCAUAUCUGCGAACAUUAAAAAUUGGACUCAACAAACUUACAAGCGAAGGAGGGAAAUUAUUAGCACAAGCAAUUCAGAAAAACAAGGCCAUCAAAGAUAUAGGGAUGUGGGGGAAUCGGAUCGGAGAUGUAGGCGCUGUCGCCUUUGCUGAAGCUAUAAGAAACCACCCUUCUAUAAAAGAGCUCAGCCUGGCAGCCAAUGGCAUUUCCACAGAGGGCGGGAAAAGUUUGGCGGCAGCACUGAGAGACAACAGAUCCCUGGAGAUAUUUUGGUUGACAGAAAAUCAGUUGAAUGAUGAAGCAGCAGAGUUAUUCGCUGAAGCACUCAGGGUCAACAAAAGCCUACUUCACUUAUGGGUGAUCAGCAACAAAAUUACAGUGGUGGGAGCAAAUCAUUUCUUCGAGAUCCUCAAAGAAAAUGCAACAAUAGAAGAGAUUUGCUUGAAUGGUAAUAGCAUCUCUGCGGAAGAAGCCAAAAGGUUUAAGAAAGAAAAGCGGAUUGUGCUUUGAAUGAUAUUUCCCGUGCGAUUAGCUGGAGCCAUCGUACACCGUGAAGCUGAAAAAUGUUCAACAGUUGUAACACUACCUACCUACAGAACAAAAAGAAAUCUGCCAAGUGUUUUCUACAUGGGUUUCAGUGAGUGGGACAAUCUAAAGGAAAUAAAGUUUGCUGGAAAACCAGCAUGCAAACCAUGGUAUUUUCCACUGACCCUUCAAGAUACAUCGAAAAUGCCUUUGUGACUCAUCGGAUAUGAGCAACGGUAGCUGCUGACACCACUCCCAAGGUUUCAUUGCAAAGGCCUGGGUAUAACCAUGACAUCUAUCAUUACUAUUCUUCCACCAUAAAUUAACAGAAUUUAUACUGAAACAGUGUCAAAUUGGAAUUUCUGUCAUUCAAACGGAUGCCGGCAGCUAAAUGUUUGUACUUAUUUAUGGUUAUUUAUGGUAUGACAUACUGGUGGAUAAUAAAAAUAAAUUUGUGG